GAGUCAAAUGCUUUUGCUAAAUCUGACAAUACACAUAACCAUACAAUUUGCAUUUGUAAAAUGAAAAAAACGACAUUAUAAUCAGUGUUUAAUUAUAUAAGAGAUCCGAUAUGCAAAAUUCCAAUUUACAUCUGGGUCCAUUCCUAUUAACUACAUUUUUGCUCUGAAUUACUGUGAGUAAUACCUGUAAUAUGGCAUCAAUCUGUUUUUAUCAUUUAGGGACUUCAGGGCGGCUGCCAAUGAGUAGAGUUUGUAUAGUUGGCCUAACGAAAUGGUUACACAGUUUGGGUGCAUCCGCUUCAAGCCCUAAUGAUGCAAAAAGCACUUUAAAUGGUUUGAGUCUGCAAGGAAAUUCCGAUGAUUCACAUUCAUUGGAAAAUCAUGAAAAUAUGUCUCCACCCUCUAUACAAGCACCUGAGGAACCUGCAACGUGUUGCAUGUCGGGUUGUGCCAAUUGUGUUUGGUUGGAAUACGCUGAGAAGCUGACUGAAUACUAUAGAGAUGGCGGAGAGACGUCAGUAAAGGAGAUUAAUGAGAAAAUUACAGAUCCCAGCAUUAAAGCCUAUCUGCUAUUUGAAAUUAGAAUGAGAAGUAAAAAGUUGACUCGGGAAUUUAUUAAAAAUGACGAGUAGAAGAAUAUUUGUGAUGCAAUGAAGUGGAAGGAUGAUUUAUUCAAUAUUCUUAGGAGUCUUAUACUUGUACAUACAAUUAUUUUAUAAUAGAUAUGUUGAAGUUUAAA